AUGGGAAUUUCAAGGAUAGAGCUCAAGAAGGGAGCUAAGCCAUUCUAUGGGGUAACUCCAAAUUCAUCAAACAUACCUCUUAGUUGGAUCGAGCUGCCGGUCACGUUCGGCACACCAGACAACUUCCGUACAGAAAAGCUUAACUUCGAUGUUGCAAACUUUGAGACGAUGUACAACGUGAUUCUAGGUUGCCUAAUGCUGGGCAAGUUCAUGGCCGGGGUGCACUACGCUUACCAAACACUCAAGAUCCCUGGCCCUAAGGGUGUCAUAACCGUCAAGGGUGAUCAAUGCGUGGCGAUCAAGUGUGACAAGCAGAGCCUAGAGAUGGUCGAGCACUUCUUCCAGACAACGACUACCUCCAAAAACUUGGAGUCUAAGCGUCAUAGGUGUCAAACCACCACCCAAGGCCAAGACAGUGCCACAGACUCCAAGUCGUGA